CCGUAACUUUAGCAAUACGAGCAUUCUCUCUCUCUCUCUCGUCCUGAUUUGUAUAAACCCUAACGACUACUAGAUUUCCGGCUCCUUUAAUCGGAGAAAUUGGAUCAUGAGUCGUUACGAUAGCCGGACCGGUGACUCCACCUCCUACCGUGACCGUCGAAGUGACUCGGGGUUUGGUGGAGCUUCAGCGUACGGAAGCUCAGCUAGUAGUAAAAGGGAGACUAGUGUUGAGUCUCCAAAGAAGCAGCCAGAUUUGGAUGGUUUGACUCCUUUCGAGAAGAACUUCUAUGUCGAGUCACCCUCUGUUGCAGCUAUGACGGAGGCUCAAGUGGAGGAGUAUCGAAGGAUGAGGGAGAUCACUGUUGAAGGUCGUGAUAUUCCUAAACCUGUCAAAAGCUUUCGUGAUGUUGGCUUUCCUGAUUAUGUUUUGGAAGAGGUUAAGAAGGCUGGUUUUACUGAGCCUACCCCCAUACAAUCUCAGGGGUGGCCAAUGGCGUUGAAGGGACGUGAUCUCAUUGGCAUUGCUGAAACUGGCUCUGGGAAGACUCUUUCUUACUUGCUACCUGCCAUAGUCCAUGUGAAUGCUCAACCAAUUUUAGCUCCUGGGGAUGGUCCAAUCGUCUUGGUUCUUGCUCCGACACGUGAACUGGCUGUGCAGAUACAGCAAGAAGCGUCUAAGUUCGGUUCAUCGUCAAAAAUCAAGAGCACUUGCAUUUACGGUGGUGUCCCAAAAGGGCCUCAAGUGCGUGAUCUCCAGAAAGGUGUGGAAAUUGUUAUAGCUACUCCUGGGAGGUUAAUAGACAUGAUGGAGUCUAACAACACAAACCUACGGAGGGUUACUUAUCUUGUUUUGGAUGAGGCUGAUCGAAUGCUGGAUAUGGGGUUUGACCCUCAGAUCAGAAAAAUUGUUUCACAUAUUCGGCCAGAUCGUCAAACUUUGUACUGGAGUGCUACUUGGCCUAAGGAGGUGGAACAGCUCUCUAAGAAGUUUCUUUAUAACCCAUACAAAGUUAUAAUAGGAUCUUCUGAUUUAAAAGCUAACCGUGCAAUCCGUCAGAUUGUUGAUGUCAUUUCCGAAAGCCAAAAGUAUAACAAGUUGGUGAAGUUGCUUGAAGACAUAAUGGAUGGAAGCAGAAUUCUUGUCUUCCUUGACACCAAAAAGGGCUGUGACCAAAUCACUCGGCAGCUUCGCAUGGAUGGUUGGCCUGCUUUGUCAAUACAUGGUGAUAAAAGUCAAGCCGAGAGAGAUUGGGUACUCUCGGAGUUUAGAUCAGGGAAAAGUCCUAUAAUGACUGCUACAGACGUCGCAGCUCGUGGACUAGAUGUUAAGGAUGUGAAGUAUGUGAUAAACUAUGACUUCCCUGGAUCACUGGAGGAUUAUGUUCACAGGAUUGGACGAACUGGUAGAGCUGGGGCGAAAGGAACAGCUUACAGUUUCUUCACAGCUGCAAAUGCGAGGUUCGCCAAAGAGCUUAUCAGCAUACUAGAAGAAGCUGGACAGAAAGUGAGCCACGAAUUAGCAUCAAUGGGUCGCAGCACAGCUCCUCCUCCUCCAGGGCUUGGAGGAUUUAGGGACCGUGGAAGCAGAAGAGCUUGGAGUUGAUAUCUGUUUUAUGUGUAUGUGUUAUUGGCUUUUAGGGCUCAGUGGUCUUUUUCUUCUUUCCAUUUACUCUUUUAUUUGAUGCCUCGCUCUCUUCCUGAAACAUAACAUUUUACAUUGGCAUCAAAACGUUAAACAUGUAAGAUAACAUUUGAUCCGAUGGUAUGAUUUGGUUUUAAGAACAAAACCAAAGAUGUCGUAAUUUAAACUUCGACAAUCAAA